GAGAGCGCGGGCCGCGGGUCUUCCUUUGCUGAGCCGACUGUGAGCUGCGGCGUAGGAGGCGAGUCCGGCGCUCUCCGAUCAUUCGUAGGCUCCAGCGGCGUCCCACCUCGGAAUAGCUGUGAAAGCUGCUGGACCUGGUGGUCGGGUUCUCUGUUCUCCCUUUUCUUCCUUGCCACUUUUAGUUGGCCCCCAAGAUCUAGGAGUCGGCAGGAGGGACCUGAGCCGCGGCCCUAGGAUGGGAAACAGUGCCCUCCGCGCUCAUGUGGAAACCGCGCAGAAAACUGGUGUCUUUCAGCUUAAGGACCGUGGGCUGACCGAGUUCCCCUCAGAGUUGCAGAAGCUGACCAGCAAUCUAAGGACCAUCGACUUGUCCAACAACAAGAUCGAGAGCCUACCGCCUAUGAUUAUAGGGAAGUUCACUCUGCUGAAGAGCCUCUCCUUGAACAACAACAAACUGACUGUUCUUCCUGAUGAGUUAUGCAAUCUGAAAAAACUAGAGAUGCUAAGCCUAAACAACAAUCACUUGAGAGAGCUACCAUCUACCUUUGGGCAACUGUCAGCCCUCAAGACCCUGAGCCUCUCUGGGAACCAGCUGCGAGCCCUACCACCACAACUGUGUAGCCUAAGGCACUUGGAUGUGGUGGAUCUUUCCAAGAACCAGAUUCGGAGCAUACCUGACACAGUGGGGGAGCUGCAGGUCAUCGAACUCAAUCUCAACCAGAACCAGAUAUCUCAGAUCUCAGUAAAGAUAUCUUGCUGUCCUCGUCUUAAAGUUCUUCGCCUGGAAGAGAACUGUCUUGAGCUCAGCAUGCUUCCACAGAGCAUCCUCAGUGACUCCCAGAUCUGUCUGCUUGCUGUGGAAGGCAACCUUUUUGAAAUAAAGAAACUUCGAGAACUGGAAGGCUAUGAUAAGUACAUGGAGAGGUUCACGGCCACUAAGAAGAAGUUUGCAUGAUGUUCUCCAGGAGCAUGGGAACCAUAUAGGACACUGACUUGGAAUCUGUUGCAAUCUGGCUGAAUCAGAGGCUCCUGUGGUUGUCAAGGAUUAUCUGCAGUAAGGAGAUGAUACUCCAGAUUAUAUUUUGCUCAAUGAUCUUUUUCCUUUCCAGGACUCGUCUUAAGUAAGCUAAAAGAAAUCAAGAGACAAUAAGAGCCUUCCAUUUUGAGUCAUGGAUAGGGCAGAGACAAUGUCGAUCAUCAAAACCAUCAUUAGUCUGCCUUUAAGAAACCAGUAGCUAGUUGCUAUUUAUACAGUGAAGGGAUGCUGCCCGGUAACAGAAUCACUCCAUAUCACAGCUUGAAAUUUCAUGUUUAGUUUCAGUGUAUAAGCUUUCAUAAAGUUGACUGCCAUUCCACCUGUGUUAACAUUUUGUAUUUUUGUGAAAUUCAAAUAAUUUGUGAGAGGCUACUAUGGUUAAUCUAAGGAUUUAUGAUUUCAUUUCAGUCCAUCAAUUGCAGUGUUUAUACUUGGAAUUUAGAAUGUACAUAAAUAUGUGACUGUCUUGUUUAAAAGUGUACUGUCAGAGAAGCACCAAUACAACACUAAGAGAUGUGUCCCCAAGGCUGCAGUAGCAAAUUUUUUACUAUUGCAGGUGCCUUAUUGGUAGAGAGCUUUGAAGAGCUAAAACCAUAUAUGCAAAACUUGUAAGAUACAAAGGGUUUUAAUAAUCAAGAUUUUCCCGAAACUUUGUUAGAAAUAAUGUCUUAUUUCUGGUAAUCCUUUUCCCUUUUUGUAUUUAUAAUUCUAAUCAAAUUACCAAUCAAAAAACUAUAUAAUAUUUUAAAAUAACUGUGUUUAUAAAGCUUAUUCUCUGGGUGAGAGAAUAUACUAAAUAAAGAAUUUUUAAUGAACUUUGACUGGAAAAAGGGUUAAUCCUUCUUCCAUCAAAGGAAGAAGACAGGAGAAAAUUUAACCUGUAUGUGGUCCUUUGUUUGAAAGUAAAGUGAUUAGGAAACAUUUCAUGUUCUUGUUAAGGUCGCAGGAGUACUGAAAUGCCUUCAUGUGACCGAUAAGCAUUUCAUUUUGCAGUACUGGAACCAUGUUUUUAUUAAGAGAAACUAAAAUUUACAAAGGUAUAUGAUUUUAUGUUGUUACUGACAUGAACAUUUAGAUAACUACCACUCUGUAAUUUCCUGAGGUUUUGUCUUUCUCAGGGCAAUUUAGCGUGUAUUGUCAGUUCUUCUUUUAUAAACCUAGUUUAACCAUUAAGCCAAUAGAUCACAACAGCUUAGUGUUUAAACUAUAUGAAGAAGUCUCUCUGACCCUAAAUCUGAUAUGGAUAUUCUCUAUUUUCCAUGUUAUUUUCUGUUUCUCAUCAUGGGGAAGGAUGGGCUGCCAGUUUAUCAUUACCAAUUGAGUUUGGCUUUUUAUAAACUUUAAUGCUUAACCUUUUUGAUCUACUAAACAAUGUUUCUCUAAAUUUUUUUUUAUCAGUACUUAACAUCUAAUAAAUCAGAACUUAUAAAUAA